AGAAGAGGGUCCUACGCGGCGCACCGCCGCGUAAUUGAGGUCCUGCGGACCCUACGAGGAGCGGCGGUGGGGGCCGCCCUAUGUAAGGCCCUGGAAGCGAUCAGGAACAGCCCAUCCAGCAUCAGGACACCGUACGUCUGGAUUCGCGCCACCUCUAAGGAUUAUCGGUGUCGAUUGUCGACUAGUUCGUAUCACCCGUGAAGACUGUCGCGACUUUUAAAAAGAACUGAGCGACCUUCGUCCUGAUUAAGGGCGUUGCCCCUGACAACUGUCGUCGGUGAAGCGGAGAGAGAGAGAGACAAAGAGAGAAAAACUGGCAAGUACAACAGGAGAAAGAUGAGAGUGAACGUGGUACUGGUUCUCGUGGUCCUUGUCCUAGGACUCGUUGACGCGGCUAGGAGGAGAGACAGACGUACGACGACGCCGUCGGCGUCGCUCGUCAAUAGAUUUUCGUUAGAUCGAUCCACCUUCGCUGGACAACCUGAAGAACUAGAGACCCUGUGGAGUAACUUUGAUAGCCACAGACUGAAUGUUCGUGCGGGGACCUGGAAAAAUGACACGUCGGGAAACAACAGAAUCAUUCUCAGCGCCAGACAAUACCCGGGACUUCCGAACAAUCCGGGCGACACGAAUGAGCUUCCGAAUCCCAUUUCACCACCGGUGGAACCGGCACCACCGCCGUACAAACCCCCGCCGGGCUGCCUGGGACCAAGAGGCCAGUACUCGAGCCCGAAGAGCUGCGCCAGUUAUCUGAAUUGCUGGGAUGACGUGGUGAUCGAGCAGACCUGUCCGGCCGGGCUACUCUUCAAUGACGUCGCCGGUUACUGCGACUUCGCGUACAACGUCAACUGCGGUGAUCGACUGCCCGCCACGCCGAAACCACCAUUGCCGGCGGGAUCGAAGAUAUGCCCGGAUCCGAAUGGGCGUUACAGAAGCUCGACGAACUGUUCAGAAUUCUACGUGUGCGCCGCGGGCAAACCCAUCAAAUUCUACUGUCCUCUCGGACUGGUCUACAGUGACAUAUUAAAUGUCUGCGAUUAUCAAUAUAAUGUCGACUGCAAAGGCACAGCCACACCAAAACCACUGAAGCCUACACAACCGCCGACUCAGCCUCCACAGCCGUCUUCUACCUAUGCCCCUAUCAAUCCACCCACUUCUCCUUCUAAGCCACCGACUUAUCCUCCACAACCACCGACUUACCAGCCUCAACCACCAACUUACCAACCUCAACCACCGACUAAACCACCUCAACCAUCUCAACCACCAAAUUAUCAACCGCAACCUCCGACUUAUGCGCCACAACCACCGAACUAUCAGCCGCAGCCCUAUCCACCCCCGUCGUACGGAAAUGCUUGGUUGAACAAACCCAAGUCUGAUCUUUGGCAUCAGCGAAACCUAGCAACCCAACAGGAGAUCGACGAAGAAGUACAGAAAGAAGAAGUAUCAACCAACAGUCCAGUGACAUUAGAUGAUCAGUCUACACAUGAUGUAACAGAAACUUCCAGCAUAACAAAUCCAUGGAUGUUGUUCCAAGCGGCACCAUCCGAGUUAAUGGGGAGCCCGUGUCGUGAAGGCGAAGUAUACAAGCUCAACGAAUUUUGCACUGAGGUGGUGGCUUGUAAGAGCGGGAAGCCUGAAGUGAUAAAAUGUUCACCGGGACUCUCGUAUGACAAACCAACGAGUUCUUGUGUACCUUUCCACAUUGCAGUAUGCGAGCCCGGAUCUCCUCCUGCUUUGCAUUGAGGAUGCGCAUCGAACUUAAAAAAAUAUUUUUAUUAAAUCAUGUUAAUUAUCUCCCAUUUCUUCACUAUCUGUGCGAUAAUAUUUAAUUAAAACUUAAGUUUUAAUUAAAUAUUUGAGUUUUAAUUAAAACUUUAAUUAAAACUGAAGCAAUAGUUAAAAAAUACUAGUAAGCAAAUUUAAAAAACGAUUACACGAAGAAUGACACAAGAGUCUAAGGCGAAAUAAAUUAGCAAGUAGAGAAAUAUCAUUAAUUUAGUAUACUACUCUGCAAGUUUUGCAUUCAUCCCUUAAUGUAACAUCUUACGAAGAAAGCAGAAGUUUUCGAAUUUGUAAAUAAAUAUAAGCUAAAUGUCUCUCGCA